AUGUCUGGAGAGCUUGUUUUCAUCACUGGUGCUGCCGGGUUCCUUGGAACCAAUGUCGUGCUCGAGGCUCUGAAAGCUGGUUACCGCGUCCGCGGCAGUGUCCGCAGGGAAUCGCAAGUCAAACAACUGGAGUCAUACUUCGGUCCUGAGUUUGGUCCCAAGGUGGAAUUUGUCGUUGUUCCGGAUAUUACCAAGUCGGGUGCCUAUGAUGAUCUUCUCGACGGGGUCGCAUACGUCUUCCACGUAGCCUCUCCUCUUGCCCCCCCGAGCACCGAUUGGAAGAAGGAUCACAUUGAUCCUGCCGUGAACGGUACACUUACUAUCCUGCAAGCGGCCAAGAAAGUCGACAGCAUCAAAAAGGUUGUCAUCACAGGGUCCAUUGCCGAUUUGAUGCCGUUUUCCGACUGGCCAGUGCCUGAGGAAGCUAUCACUGAGGAUCACAAGUAUGACUUGGACGUUUCCCCAGACCUUGACUUCAAGGCUAGUUUUCCCGCCUAUCACGCAUCGAAGCUCCUGGCCGCCAAGGCAGCCAGGGAAUUCUUUGCUCAGCAGAAGCCGCACUACGACAUCGUCAGCCUGCAUCCGACCUUUAUCUUCGGGCGCCACCUCUUGCAGACCUCUCCUGAAGAGAUGACUGGAUCACGGGCAAUGUUAUGGGGCUCGCUGAAGAGCCCGAACCAGCUUAUUCCAAUGCUCAAUCAUAUCCAUGUUACCGAUGUUGCGCAGGCCCACGUCAAAGCCCUUAAUCCGAGCAUUACCGGCUAUCAGAAAUUCAUUCUCUCGGCGGAGCCUGGAUUUCCGGACUGGAACGAAGUUCUGCAAUUCGUCAAGCAGAGAUACCCUAACGAGCAGUGGGGGAAUGCUCCUUCGCCGGGCAAAAGGAACAUCGAUGUCAAGAAGGCCGAACAGGUGUUGGGCAUGGUCUGGAUCGAUUGGAAGCAACAGGUCAUUGAUACAGUUGAACCUCAACUGGACCUGAUCAGGAGAGCUUCCACACUCUGA